AUGGAACAAGGAGUUGGGGCGGCCCAAAUAAAGCGAUCUCUCAAGACUAUGACGCUGUUUCGGGCGUUUCUCCUCUUGAGCGCCGUCACCGUGUCCUCAUAUGCGUCUCUCAAAGGCUACGAUGAGGAUUUCAUUUUGAAAUUCAUCAACCGUUCCCAAUCGCUCGAUGUCGACCCGAAAUGCCGUGACAGCCUGGGAAAGGUACGGUUCCUCAGGAAUCACUUACGAGAUCAUGAUACCCUCGAAACUCAAACUAUUAACUACUUCGACUCUUUUGGGACAGGACCGUCACAUCUGUUCCUGUCCCGAGAUCAAGAUCGGUGGGUCUACCGCGGUUACGGUUGCCUCGUUUCUGCGGGAGAAACCAUCUACUCAAAGAGUGAAUAUCCGAUGCACUUCUGCUACGCGCACGAAGACACUGACAGUCCUGUAGAUGCUUACGGAAUCUGUAUUCCGACACCUUGCGCAGAUGAUCAUGUUCAGCUGCUGAAGGAAUGGCGAGCGAUGACAAAACCCGAAGAGGCUGACUUGCCGAUGGAUUUUACGUCAUGUACUCGAUCAAGGCAUGAAGAAACAAUGGUUCGAACAACUCGUGCCAGUGGCGGACUUUGCCUUCAACUUACUGCUCUUGAUGCUCGUUAUAAUGGCCACCAUAUUUCACAACAUGAGAGGAGAAAACGUCAAAACGAUGUCGAGUCAAAUUCUGUUGGCAUUCUCAGCGAAGAAAAAUCUGCGACGAAUGGUGCAACUGCCGAAAGAUCCUCAGUCAUGUAUCACGUGCAUGCAUACCUCGAAAAUGUCGAAUAUUUCAAAGAGUCGAUGAAGAGAGGACCCUACAUGGACUUCAUACGGCUAUUGGUUACGGUUCUACAGACAUCGAGUAGUUCGGUUAUGGCCCGCGUACUUGUACACAUUGGUAGCGGUCACCCUGAGGCUUUCGGUUACCCACUUCCACCCGAUGUGGCCACCAAACUGACCCAGCCAUUCAGUGCCCAAAACAUUGGUUCGAGAACGUAUAUCGGCACCGAAUUCCUCUAUUUCCUUAUUUCUCCCAUCUUCCUUCUGACUCUCAGGCAAACGCCUAAACUUGGAAUG